AUGGCUAAGGUCCUUGAUUUACCGGCUAUUCCACCCUUUUCUGUGUCUGAAACGAGUUCGUUGGCACAACGUUGGGACAAAUGGACGAACUCGCUCGAUUACUACAUUCGUGGAUCGGGCAUCUCCGUUCAAAAGCAAAAGAAGGCCAUUCUACUUCAUUUAGCGGGUGCAGAAGUGCAAGAAAUCUUCGAGACGUUGCCUGAUACUGGCGAGGAUUACAAAACAGCGCUCGAGAAAUUGAAUGCACAUUUCAACCCGUGAAAAACAUAGCUUUCGAACGUCAUGUUUUCAGACAAGCAACCCAACGUGCCGACGAGUCCAUGGAUGCUUUUGUAACUCGCUUGAGAACCCUUGCAAAAACGUGCCAGUUCGAUACAUGUUUAGAUGAAAUGAUCCGUGACCAAAUCAUUGAAAAGUGUGCUUCGAACGCUCUUCGGCGUCGCCUACUUCGAGAACAAGAACUAACAUUGAACAAUUUAUUAUCGAUUGCUCGUUCAUUCGAACUGGCCGAUCGCCAGGCCUUAGAAAUCGAACAAAACAGCUCUUGCGAGAGAAAGUCUGGUGGCCUGGGAUCGACAAAGACGUUGAACACUUGAUUCGUUCCUGUAUUUCCUGUCAGGCCCAGUCCUCCCAGUCAUGCCCACAGCCACUUACCAUGACAGAAAUGCCUUCACGUCCGUGGACCGUCUUGCAUGUUGAUCUAUGUGGUCCUUUCCCUAGUGGUGUGUCGCUUCUGGUUUUAGUUGAUUCAUGUUCUCGAUGGCCAGAAGUUUUCAUUUUAAAGAGCACAACUGCAGCAGUCAUCAUCAAUCGCAUGAAAUCGUGCUUCGCUGUGCAUGGUCUCCCAGAAGCAAUCGUUACAGACAAUGGACCUCAAUUUGUGGCUGAAGAGUUUGAUUUGUAUCUUCGAGAGCACGGCAUCACACACCGUCGAGUAACACCUUAUUGGCCACAAGCCAAUUCCGAAGUCGAACGGUUUAACCGCACACUCGAGAAGGCCAUUCGCGCUGCAAAUACCGAAGGAAAAGAUUGGAAAAGCGAGCUCAACACCUUCCUACUCAAUUACCGAGCAACAGCUCAUUGCACUACUGGCAAAUCACCCGCUGUUCUCUUGUUUGGUCGAGAGAUACGCACCAAGCUCCCGUCGUUGAACACUAGCCGUUCGCCAGCUUCAACGUCACCUGUUGUCGACCCCGCCAUUCUAGAGCGUGAUCGUUGUCAGAAAGCAAAGAUGAAGAAGUAUGCGGAUGAGAAAAGACGUGCAGCACCUUCCAACAUAAAGAGGGGUGACAAAGUUCUUUUGAAGCAAGAACGAAAGAAUAAAUUAUCCACAAAAUAUGACCCAGACCCAUAUAUAGUGGUAGGAACGAAAGGCACAAGUUUACUUCUAAAGAGACGAGCUGAGCCCGAGAUAAUGAGGAAUUCGUCAGCAGUUCGCAAAUUGCCGCCGGAGGGAACAGAUAAUCAUCCACACGAAGCCAAACGGAAACCAGACCAAGUGGUUGAUACAACAGCAAAGCCUAGACCCCAGCGACAGCGAAAACCUCCUGAAUAUCUUGGACAUGAAAAGUGACAUUCACGCAGUCCGGAAGA